CGCGUGCCCACUCCUCCAAACCUUCAUCAAACACCCGUUGCGCCAGCGCCCCCUCCCUCGCUCCCCCCCACGCCCACCGCGCCGCGCGGCUCCCAAGCCGAGAGAGAGAGAGAAAGAGAGAGAGAGAGAGAGAGAGAGAGAGAGAGAGAGAGGGAGACAUGGCCCGGCACGCCAAGACGGACUCCGACGUGACGAGCCUGGCGGCGUCCACGCCGCCGCGCUCCCCGCGCGGCCGCCCGGCCUACUACGUGCUUAGCCCCGCCGCCUCGCACCCGGACGUCCACCUGGGCGCCUCCGGCCGCGCUGCCGAGAAGAUGUCGCUCGCGGGGUCCACCCCGGCCGAGUCGCCGCUCCACUACCACUUCCACCACCACCGCCACAACCACUCGGGCGCCGGCGCCGCGGGCGGCGGCGGCGGCGUGCACCACUCCCGGGAGUCCUCCACGGGGCGGCUCCUCUUCUCCGACCAGCUCCGCUCUGGCGGCGACGUCGCCGCCGUGGCGAGCGCCCCCUGGCGCCGGUUCGCGCAGUCCAGCGGCGCUGGCAGCGUCGGGGACGACGACGACGACGACGAGGGCGCGUCCCUGCGCGGCGGCUUCGCGUCGUCGCAGUGGCGGUGCUACGCGCUCGGCGCGCUCGCGUUCGUCGCCGUCUUCGCCUUCUUCCUGCUCGUGCUCUGGGGCGCCAGCAGGUCCUACAAGCCUCACGUCGUCGUCAAGAGCGUGGUGUUCGAGUCGUACCACAUCCAGGGCGGGAUGGACCGGACGGGCGUGCCGACGAGGAUGAUGUCCGUGAACGCGACGGUGCGGCUGCGCUUCCGCAACCGCGGCACCUUCUUCAGCCUGCACGUCACCGCCACGCCGUUCGUCCUCUUCUACGGCGAGCUCACCGUCGCCUCCGGAGAGAUGGCGGAGUUCUACCAGCCGAGGAAGAGCGGGCGCACGGUGACGGUGUCCGUGGUGGGGAAGCAGGUGCCGCUCUACGGCUCGGGGGUGAGCCUGCACAGCAAGCCCAACAACGGCCGCCUCGGCCCCGCGGUGGUGCCCGUGCGCCUCGCCUUCGUGCUCCGCGCGCGCGCCCACAUCCUCGGCCUCCUCGUCAAGUCCAAGUUCUACCGCCGCGUGCGCUGCGGCCUCGACAUCCGCGAGGCGCGCCUCGGCAGGCCCGCGCGCGGCGUCGCCAACGCCUGCGAGUACCGCGACGGGAGGUGACUGAUUGCUGCCCUGCUGGGUAGGUAUAAGAUGUUUGCGCAGGGUCUGAAGUCUGAACUGAAACCUGCGUUGUGUGAAUCUGUGAUAAUCUGGUGGUGACUGAUUGGCGACUGUAGGCUUGUAGCGUUGGUAACAGGAAAUCGAACCAUUCUGAUGUAACGGAAACAUUGACGGAUUGUGGAGGCAGGUUGGCAAGAACUGUUACGGCUGUUGCUAUGAA